ACAUACUCUAGGUACAUCAUGUCCGUCCUCUCUCCUGAGCAGCUUCAACGAUGGCGACAAGAUGGCUAUCUGAUCAUCACCGAUUUCUACACAUCGGAGGACACGCAAGAGAUGUUGAACGAGGCUCGACGAUUGCUGAAGGAGUUUAAAUUGGAAGGUCACCCCUUGACUACUUUCAAGACUGAAGUGGAUGGGGGACAUGUAGGGGAUGACUACUUCUUGGGUUCAAAUGAUAAGAUUCGCUACUUCCUAGAAACAUCCUCAUUAUCACCGGCCACCCAAACUUCACCUGCCAAACUGCUCGUACCCCCUGAACGAAGUAUCAACAAAAUCGGUCACGCUCUCGCUCCGCUCAAUCCCGUCUUCCGACGACAUACCCUAGAGUGUGCCAAAAUAUCUCAACUAGCAAUAGACUUAGGAGAACAUGACGAUCCUCGGGUGUUGCAAAGCAUGAUCAUCUGUAAACAGCCUCGAAUAGGUGGUCCUGUGCCUACGCACAAUGAUUCGACCUUUCUGUAUACAGAUCCACCUAGCGCUGUUGGAGCGUGGGUCGCAUUGGAAGAAUGUACCACUCAAAAUGGAUGUUUGUCUUUCCUUCCUGGAUCACAUAAAACAGCUCGGAUUAGCACACGCUUUGUGCGCGCCCCUGAGGGUGGAACGACAUUCGCACCCGUACCAGGUGUGGAACCCAAUGAGGAAAAGUGGGAUGAAAUGGACGGAUGGGUUGAGGCACCUGUUCGACCGGGUACAUUGGUUUUGAUACAUGGUAGCGUCAUGCAUCGUUCACCACCCAAUCCUUCUGAUUCUUCUCGACUUAUAUACACUUUCCACAUGAUCGAAGGGAAGGCGAAGUAUGACGAGCGGAAUUGGCUUCAACCUACGCGGGAGAUGCCCUUUCCUAGUCUUCUCCGGGGAUGACCAUUCUACUUAGUGGAGUGCUGUUCUUGGAAUGGCCUAGUCUCGUAUCCCGGCUCUGAUCUCUCAUCUAUGAGGACUUAUGAAUGCCAUUACGAGCUGCAGAGGAUUGACCUACUGCACCAAUAGGCAGAAUGCUAUAUGUAACUUAUGUAUGCGAAACGAGGUAAAAGCC